AUCAUCAUCACCAUAAUAAACCGGGAUGAUUACCGCCGUUCCGCUGGUUCCGCCGUGGCUGCCGCGAGUCGUUUUUUCAAGCGUACCACUGCUGGUUUAAAAAGUCAGUCGUCGAGCCCUCCGAUCACGCAAGCUCACGUCGCACGAUUGCUGAACACAUCUUGGACACUUCCCGUGAUUCGGCUGGUUCUCGAAAAUUCAACCGCCUCAGCCGUCUCGCGCUGAAUGUCCUGCUACCACGGAGCGGAGAAACCACCUUCUGACACUACACUGGUUUCCAACUGCUGCUAACAAUGACCUCGACAUUGCUGUGCACUGCAACGUUUAAACAAACGCGUCCUAUCGAUGCAAACGCGGCAGUGUAACCACCAGAAGUCGAAAUGCCGUCCAAACAGCAGCUUGAAAAAGCUGCAUGGCAAUGGGUGGAAAGUGUGGAUCCCUUGAACAUUACGCGGGAACAUGUCGAGGCCGCUUACAGAAUCAAGUGCGCUACCUGCAAAGCGAACACUUGUCGGCGGAACUGUUCGGGAAAUCCUCGCUGCCUUUCGGGGCUUGGAGAAAGAGCAUGGAUCCAGGACGUGAAGGACAGCGCCUGGCACGACAUCGAGGAUCCCAACUCUGAGAGGAGGACGGAGGGCAGCUUUGUCGGCUUGAAGAACUUGGGAGCGACGUGCUACCUGAACAGUUUUCUGCAGGUGUGGUACCACAACCCGGUAUUCCGGCAAGCCUUAUACAUGUGGGACCCCCUUCAUGACCCUCAAGAAAAGGAGAAGCACCACGCACCCAACGGAGAUGUGGCGCCGCCCGAAGAAGGCGGCAACGCGGCCUCCAACUCUCCUGCUUCGGUGAUUGGUCACCUGCAGCUCACAUUCGCUCUGCUGCAAUUCAGCAAAAGGAGGUACAUUGAUCCUACACCCUUCAUCAGUUGCCUGGGCCUAAACACAACGCAGCAACAGGACGCCCAGGAAUUCAGCAAGUUGUUCAUCUCCCUGGUGGAGAACCGGCUCUCCUUCCAGGAAGUGGAGAAUGUGCGCUGCGUGGUACAGCAGCAGUACUCUGGGCAGUACAACUACGUCACCAAGUGCCUGGAGUGCAGUACGGAGUCCCUCUGCGCCUCGGAAUUCUACGAGCUCGACUUGAACAUCAAGGGCCACAAGGUUCUCGAGCAGGCACUCAGUGAGUUUCUUCAGGAGGAGCGACUGGAAGGCAGCAACCAGUACCACUGCGAGGUGUGCGGGGGCAUGCGCAAUGCGGUCCGGCGCAUUCAGUUGCAGCGCCUCCCGCCGGUCCUCAAUCUUCAGCUGCUGCGCUUCGUCUUCGACCGUGCCACAGGCUGCAAGAAGAAGAUCAAAUCCUCCCUGCGUUUCCCCGAGCACCUUGACCUCAGCAGCCACCUGAAAAAGCCAGCGGGCACGGUAGAGUACUCCCUGGCGGCAGUGCUGAACCACCAGGGCCCCAGUGCAAACUCUGGCCACUAUGUGGCACACAUCAAAGACCGCCUGUCAGGGGCCUGGUUCAGCUUCAACGACGAGGACGUCUGCAAGAUGCCCGGCAGCCUACUCCAGCUGAGCUCGGAGGAAAACGUCGCCUCCGCCGCCAGUUCUGGCCCUGCCAAGCAACCAGGGCAGAAGCGGAAGCAAGCGGAGGAGACGCACGACUCGACGGGCGCCUACAUGCUGGUCUACAAGAGGAAAGGCCAGGACUCCACCAACCUGUUCCCGGCCGACAAGGACGACUCGUUCUGGGAGCUGCCCGACCACCUGAAGGCUGCUGUUUCCAAGGACAACGAAGACUUUGAACAGUGGGUCGCCGAGCUAGAUGCCAUGAGGGCAGAGACGGUGAGCGCGGGGAAGGAGCGACAGACUGAGCUACGUUCACUCUACGAGCAGAUGCACAUUGUUUCGGACGAGUCGUUCGACUGGUUGCCCGCCGAGUGGCUGGUGAAGUGGCUGGCCCAGAAGCCCCCCAAGAAGGUGCCCCCCGUGGACAACUCUUCCGUGGUCUGUCCCCACAACCUCCUGGACCCCCAGAAAGUGGAGAAGAUGAAGUGCGUCAGCAGCAGAGCGGCGGAUGUCAUAUACGAAAAGUUUGGAGGUGGCCCCAGGCUCAGGGGUGCACUGUGCGAACGCUGUGUGGGGAUGCAGUGCAGAUUUCUCAGGGUCAAGGCCAAGGUGCAGGCCGACCAGAAGCUCAUCUCCAAGUUGCUCAAAUUCAAACCGUCCAGUGACGAGCCAAAGGUGUGGGUAGGCAAGAGGUCGCUGCAGAAAUGGAAGCAUCUCGCGCUACGGCCCUUCGGAGAGCAGCCUAGUUCAUCACCCUCUGGCGACUGCAACGGCGUGGGCCAGAGCACGUCUGCUGAGCACCAGGCUACAGAAUCGGACGGUGGUUCCUCUGACCAGGAAGAGAACUCCACUCUGUUCUUCAACGAGGACAUCAAGUGCCAGCACGGUGGCCUGCUGCCCAACGACGCCGCCCGUCGCUUAAUUGGUCUCAACGUCUGGGAGGUGCUGAAGACUCAUUUUCCCACUGCGGCCGAGUUCCCGGAAUCCUCGCAAGUGUGCGAGCUCUGUCGGGCCCACUUGGAGCGUGACCUUGAAGCUCAAGGCCAGCUGAAGCAGCAAGCCGGCGUGGAGAAGCAGCGUCUGUCGGAGCUGCUGCAGGAGCGCAACCGUCCCUCUCCCUCCAACCUGGCGCCGGGCGAGACUAUCUACCUCCUCUCCAGGGAGUUUCUCAACCUGUGGAAGAGGUUCAUACGGUGUCCCACAACCAAAGCCAGGCCACACAGUAUUGUCAACGCUGUGCUACUCUGUCCCCACCAAAAGCUGCUCUGCGUUCCUGGCAGUGAUGACGAGAGGCUCCUGCUGGUGUGGCCAUCAGAAUGGGAGCUCAUCAAAGAAAUGUUUUCGGUGGACAUCCCCAUCAAGGUUUCAGGCCACGAGGGUCCAGAAACCUUCCUCGCCGAACCGGAGCCGUGCGAGCCGUGCCGGGCGUCAGCCCAGCUCGAGCGGUCCUGCAGCCAGAAGGGCCUGGUGUUUGUGCGGCGCGUGAGCAGCAGCGAGCUGGAGCACGACCAGACCAAGAAACCCCGGCUGGACGGCGACGAGUCUGCGGCGCCGACCCCGGCCGAGGAGUCCUUCGUGCCCCGCCGCUGCAGUGCCCGGCGCCGACCCCGCAGGGGCGAGAGAGAGAUCCACAUUGCGGCCUCCCAGACCCUGCUCGACCUCAAAGUCCAGGUGAUGCGGGCGUUCUCGGUGGCACCCUUCGACCAGCACUUGGCUCUGGAGGAAGACGACGGGCGGAGCGUGACGCCACUCACGGAGAACGCGGCCACCCUCGCACAGCUAGGGGUGGUGCCGGGAUCCAUGCUCGUGCUCAAGGUUGACGAGUCCGCGUCUGCUGACUUCGAGGACUUCAUACCUGAGCCCGAGCCCGAGGUCGGCUUUAAAGGUACCAAGCUCCAAGAGUGAGGAAGGACCGGCCGUGCGUCGACGCCCAGAUGCGCACCCACUGUGCCUGCUCCCGUGGCGUCGGAGCCACGAUUUGUACAGACCUCGUUCCCCAGGAAGCGAAUCGCCUUCGUUUAGUUUUGAGUACGCUGCAUCAUGAUUGUACAGAAAUACACUCACUUUUCGUUCUUUUCACCGUU